AUGUUCUGGAGGUACUCGCUGGAUGUUGACAAGAGGCUGGAAAAUCUCUUCUGGUGCGAUGGUACAAGUCGUUAUGACUACAGCGUCUUCGGUGAUGUCCUGGGUUUUGAUGCAACUUACGGUCGUAACAAAUACAAGUGCCCUUUGGUAAUAUUCUCAGGGGUGGACCAUCAUAUGCGGACGGUGGUGUUCGGCUGCGUCAUCUUGAGCAACAAGAGCGAAGCAAGCUAUGUGUGGUUGCUGCGGUCAUUCCUUGAGGCAAUGAAGGGAAAACAGCCGAAGUCUGUCAUCACGGACGGUGACCUCUCCAUGAAGAGUGCGGUUAUUACAGUUUUUCCCGGUGCACAUCACAGGUUGUGUAGCUGGCAUCUAUUAAGGAACGCCACUGCUAGAAUCGGACGGUCGGGUUUUCUUAGAAAAUUCCGUCUAUGCCUCAUGGGAGAUCUAGAGGUUGACGAAUUUGAGACAAUAUGGACGGAUAGCAUGGCGGACCACGGGUUAGAGGAUCAUUCGUGGAUAGUGGAUAUGUUUGCUAAGAAGCAUUCCUGGUCCAAUGCCCAUAUCCGAGGGAAAUUCUUCGCAGGACUGAAGACGACAUCCAGGUGCGAGGCUUUGAAUAUGCAGCUUGGAAAAUUUAUACACAACGGGUACAAUUUGAGGGAGUUUGUGGAGCACUUCCAACACUAUUUAGAGUUCAUUAGGAGGAGAGAACUAGUGGCAGACUACAAGUCUGCGUAUGGCGAGCCUGUUGUGAAGACGAAACUCGAGGCCAUUGAGCAGUUCGUUGCAACGGUUUAUACAAGAGAGGUUUUUGAACUAUUUCGGAAGGUGUUGAUGCUAGCCAACAACGUUAGAGUUGUUUCCACCAAGAGGACGAGUGCUUGUGUUUUGUUCGAAGUUGCAACGUACUGCAAGCAGAGAUCAUGGGCUGUGUCAUGGGCCGAGGAAGACGACGAAUUCAGCUGUUCUUGUCAGCAGAUGGAGUUCUUUGGGCUUCCUUGUGUCCACAUGGUUGGGGUUCUGGUUUAUCUGAACAUGACAGCUAUCCCCAAAGCCCUAAUAGUUGACCGGUGGACAAAAAGGGCUAAGCAGCCGCGUGCACCCUGCGACGGAACUCGUGUUGGGGAGACCCCAGACGCGGCAUACAUGAGCAUGCACGCGAUGAUGCUGGAUGAUUGCAGGGAGCUGGUGAGCCUGUCUUGCCAGUUUUUCGAGGACUACGUUGACUUGAAAACAAGGUUGGCAAAGGAGCGUCAAUCCCUGUGGGACAAACAUCGCAAAAGGUUGGGUGUUGCUGAGGAGGCCAGUAGGUUGUCUGUUUAG